UCUGAAAUGUCAGAGUUACCAUCAGAUUUAGAUUUAUCUAGGAUUCAAUUCAAAAAUGGGACUGAAGUUUCGGUAUUUAUAUUAACAGGCUUUACAGAUGAUUUUGUGAUGCAGGUCUUGCUGUUUUUCCUUUUUCUUGCAAUCUAUCUCUUCACUCUGAUAGGAAAUUUUGGUCUGGUUGUGUUAGUCAUUGGAGACGCUAGACUCCACAACCCCAUGUAUUAUUUUCUGAGCGUUUUGUCAGUUUUGGAUGCCUGCUAUUCCACAGUCGUCACUCCCAAAAUGUUGGUCAAUUUCUUGUCAGAGAAUAAAACCAUUUCCUUUCUUGGGUGCGCAACACAGAUGCUUCUGUUUGUUGGUUUGGGAACCACAGAAUGCUUUCUCUUGGCAGCAAUGGCAUAUGACCGCUAUGUGGCCAUCUACAACCCUCUCCUGUAUACAGUGAGCAUGUCACCCAGGGUCUAUGUGUCACUCAUCGUUGCUUCCUAUAUUGGCGGCAUCCUGCAUGCUUCUAUACAAACAGCUGCCACAUUUAGCCUAUCCUACUGUGCAUCCAAUGAAAUCAGACACGUUUUUUGUGACAUCCCUCCACUCCUUGCUAUUUCCUGCUCCGAUACUUACAUCAACCAGCUUUUACUGUUGUACCUUUUGGGAGCUAUUGAGGUAGUGACCAUCUUGAUUGUUCUAAUAUCCUAUGCUUUCAUCUUGUUGGCGAUUCUGAGGAUGCGUUCUCCUGAAGGGAGACGGAAGGUCUAUUCGACUUAUGGCUCUCACCUGACUGGAGUGUCAAUAUACCAUGGGACCAUUCUCUUCACGUAUGUUAGACCAGGGUCAGGCAAUGCUUCUGUUCAUGACAUGGUAGUGUCAGUAUUUUAUACCAUCGUGAUCCCUAUGCUGAAUCCCAUUAUCUAUAGUUACAGAAAUAAAGAUGUAAAAGAAGCCAUUAAAAAACUGGUGAGAGAUAUUGGUUUGUAA